CCUGACUGGCACUGCCUUGUCUUCUUUGCCCGCACGCUAGGGUUUAAUCUUCUUCACCUUCAAUCCACCGAUCAUGGCCAUGGAAGGCCUUGAGAUGGAAGCUUCGUUCGAUUUCGAAUCCAACGAUGAUUUCUGCAACUCCAUUCUCUUUCGCUUCAGCAAUUCCACCAACGAAGAACAUCAGCAUCUUUGCGCCGUCAUUGGCGCCAUGGCUCAGGAGCUCAGAGACCAGUCUCUUCCUUCUACUCCACUUGCCUACUUCGGUGCCACCUGCUCUUCUCUUGACCGCAUCUCCUCCGAGCCCGAGCCUUCCCCUCACCUUCUCGAGGCUUUACUCACCAUUCUCUCUCUGCUUCUCCCCCGAAUUUCCCCUCCCAUUUUGAAUAAGAAGAAGGACUUUUUAUCUUAUCUCCUUAUUCGCGUUCUUCGUGUCCCUUCCUUGACCCCCGGUGCCGCUACUUUUGGAUUGAAGUGUGUUUCGCAUUUGGUGAUUGUUAGGAAUGCUGCCAAUUGGUCGGAUGUUUCUAAUUUGUUCGGGUUUAUUAUCGGGUUCGUCAUUGAUUCGCGCCCUAAGGUUAGAAGGCAAUCGCACACUUGUCUUCGGGAUGUAUUGUUAAAACUUCAGGGAACACCAUUGCUUCCAUCUGCUAGUGAAGGGGUCGCCAAUGUUUUUGAGAAAUCUCUUUUGCUUGCUGGUGGGUCAAACCCCAAGGCUACUGAAGGACCUAAAGGAGCUCAGGAGGUUCUAUUUAUUUUGGAGGCUUUGAGGGAGUGUCUGCCUCUUAUGUCAAUGAAGUAUAUUACUAAUAUACUUAAAUACUAUAAAACUCUUUUGGAGCUGCACCAACCUGUUGUUACUAGGCGUAUUACGGAUAGUUUGAACUCACUCUGUCUCCACCCAACUGUUGAUGUUUCUGCUGAAGUACUGCUUGAUCUGUUGUGCUCCAUGGCAGUAUCUUUCUCUACAACUGAAACAUCUGCAGAUGGCCUGGCUUUCACAGCUCGCCUGCUUAAUGUCGGGAUGGAAAAAGUUUACAAAGUUAAUAGGCAGAUUUGUGUUGUUAAGCUCCCUGUUGCUUUCAAUGCACUCAAAGAUAUUAUGCUAUGUGAUCAUGAGGAGGCAAUCCGUGCUGCCCAGGAUGCUAUGAAAAAUCUGAUAUGUGCUUGCAUCAAUGAAGACUUGAUCAGAGAGGGUGUGACUACUGGAAAUAUGGAGGCAAGGAGGUCUGGGCCAACAGUCAUAGAAAAACUAUGUGCUAUUAUUGAAAGUUUACUUGAUUAUCAUUACACGGCUGUUUUUGACUUGGCUUUUCAAGUUGUGUCGGCCAUGUUUGAUAAACUAGGGAAAUAUUCCUCUUACUUUCUUAAAGGAGCCCUUAUUAGCCUAGCAAAAAUGCAGAAAUUGCGAGAUGAAGAUUUCCCCUUCCGAAAAGAGUUGCAUGAAUGCCUUGGAUCAGCUCUUGGUGCGAUGGGCCCUCAAAGUUUCUUGGAACUUAUACCUUUCAAUUUGGAUACAGAAAACCUAUCACAGAUUAAUAUUUGGCUUCUUCCAAUAUUGAAGCAAUAUACUGUUGGUGCUCAUUUGGGCUAUUUCACGAAGACCAUAUUGGGUAUGAUAGAAGAAAUCAAGCGGAAGUCACAAAAGCUUGAGCAACAGGGCAUGAUCUUUUCGUUGAGGAGUAUGGAUUCGCUUGUUUACUCAUUUUGGUCUUUGCUGCCUUCAUUUUGCAAUUAUCCUUUGGAUACUGCUGAAAGCUUUAAGGAUCUUCAAAAAGCUUUAUGUGUUGCGCUUAACGAGGAACCUGAUGUUCGAGGCGUAAUAUGCUCAAGUCUGCAAAUUCUUAUCCAACAGAAUAAGAGAGCGCUGGAAGGAAAGAAUGAUGAUUCUGAUCUUGAAGUGGAUGUGGCCAGAAAGCUUGCUAUGUCUCAUUAUACUCAGGAGGUGGCGGAAAAUAACCUGACUGUACUUAAGUCCUCUUCUCCUGAGCUAUUGUCUGCUUUGUCAGACAUCUUUCUAAAGUCUACAAAAGAUGGUGGUUAUUUGCAGUCCACAAUUGGUGAAAUUUCUUCAAUAUCAGAUAAAAGUGUUGUGUCAAAUCUCUUCGGGAAGACAAUGAGGAAGCUUUUAAAACUGACUCAGCAGGCUGCAAAAGUAGAACCAAAAGUUUCCAAUUCCAUGCAGAUUGACGAUUCCACGAAUGCAAAUUCAUCCUCUUUCAUGAGGGCCCAAAUGUAUGACUUGGCCGUAUCUUUUCUGCCUGGACUGAAUUCUAAAGAGAUUGACGUUUUAUUCGUCGCUGUAAAAUCUGCAUUGAAAGAACAGGAUUGUGAUGGUUUGAUACAGAAGAAGGCAUAUAAAGUUCUCUCAGCUAUUCUCAAGACGUCUGAUGAGUUCCUUUCCACAAAUUUUGAUGAAUUGCUUGGAAUUAUGAUUGAAGUGUUGCCUUUAUGUCAUUUUUCUGCCAAACGUCACAGACUCGAUUGUCUGUACUUUCUAAUUGUCCAAGUUGCCAAGGAGGAUUCAGGGUCGAGGAGGCAUGACAUCAUUAGCUCGUUUUUGACAGAAAUAAUACUUGCCCUCAAAGAGGCUAAUAAGAAAACAAGAAACAGAGCUUAUGAUAUUCUUGUUCAGAUUGGUCAUGCAUGUUUGGAUGAUAACAAAGGUGGAAAGAUAGAAUAUCUGUAUCAUCUUUUUAACAUGGUAGCUGGAGGUCUCGGUGGUGAGACUCCUCAUAUGAUCAGUGCAGCAAUGAAAGGCUUAGCUCGCUUGGCUUAUGAGUUCUCUGAUCUAGUUUCAGCAGCUUGCAAUUUGCUCCCAUCUACCUUUUUACUUCUCCAAAGAAAGAAUAGAGAAAUAAUCAAAGCCAAUUUGGGAUUCUUAAAGGUUUUGGUGGCCAAAUCAAAAGCUGAAGUGUUGCAUAUGCACUUAACGAGUUUGGUGGAAAGCUUGCUGAAGUGGCAAGAUGGCCCCAAAAACCACUUCAAAGCUAAGGUUAAGCAGUUACUUGAAAUGCUUGUCAGAAAAUGUGGCUUGGAUGCAAUCAAGGGUGUGAUGCCUGAAGAACACAUGAAACUUCUUACCAACAUCAGGAAGAUAAGAGAACGGAAAGAAAAGAAACUUAAAUCUGAGGGGCCUAAGUCUAUCGCGUCAAAAGCAACAACAUCCAGGAUGAGUAAAUGGAAUCAUACAAGAAUUUUCUCGGAGAUGAGUGAUGAUGAGAGUGAAGAUAGUGGUGGAGAAUACUUGGGGGAAAGUGAUUCAGAACAUGUGGAUGGUAGAAAAAGUCGGCUAUCAAAGGCUUCGUCACACCUCAGAUCAAAGACAUCUAAACGUCCCAAGAGCCGAUCAACCAUGAGCUUACUCGAACGCUUGCCUGGCCAAAUGGAAGACGAGCCUCUUGACUUGCUUGAUCAACAAAAAACAAGACAUGCUCUUCAAUCAUCAUUGCAUCUCAAGCGGAAAACAGUUUUGUCAGAUGGCGAGAUGAAGAUCGACGACGAAGGGCGCUUGAUAAUUGAGGAUGAUGAUGAGGCAAAUUUCAAAAGAAAAGCUUCCAACCCAGAUUUAGACGAAAGAAGUGAAGUUAGGAGUCACUUGUCAGUUGGUUCCUCCAAGAAAAAUCAGAAGCGGAGAAGAACAUCCGACUCUGGUUGGGCUUACACCGGUACCGAGUAUGCUAGCAAGAAGGCUGGAGGCGAUGUUAAGAGAAAGGAUAAACUUGAACCUUACGCAUAUUGGCCUCUUGAUCGGAAGAUGAUGAGCCGUCGACCAGAACAUCGAGCCGCUGCUCGGAAAGGAAUGGUUAGUGUGGUAAAUAUGACGAAGAAGCUUGAAGGUAAGAGUGCCUCUAGUAUUUUGUCAAGUAAAGGCUCUCAGAUUAAGAAGGGUCACAAGAAAGGUAGCAAGAAGAAGGGGAAGUAGAAAGAAAGGCAAAGCCUAAACAAAUUGGUUGAGAAGAAGAAUACACAAUUUUAUAAUUUUUUGUCCUUACAGAAUGAGAUGAGUUUGCUGUAUAUUUCUAAAGUUUUGGUUGACGGAGAAGAAGGGUUCCAUUGUUGGGUCACAGUUUUACUGGGAGCUUUGUAUACUAUAUGAUAUGAUAUAUUGUGGAUUAGUUUAUUUAUUCGAUUCAAUUGCGUCUCAA